GGAGGUUUAGCGUGUUACACAGGAAGUAGUCCUGAAUCAUCCCGGCGACUGAUUCAGAAGUAUCCACACCACUCAAUCUAUUAAAUCAUUACAUGUUCACAUAAUUAAAAGUUGUGUCAAAGUCCUCGUUCAAAAAUGCUGAUCAAAGUGAAGACUCUGACUGGAAAAGAAAUAGAAAUCGACAUUGAGCCCACAGAUAAGGUGGAGCGAAUUAAAGAAAGGGUAGAAGAAAAGGAAGGGAUACCCCCUCAACAACAGAGACUCAUCUACAGUGGAAAACAGAUGAAUGAUGAGAAGACGGCAGCAGACUACAAAAUCCAAGGAGGUUCAGUGCUCCAUCUGGUGUUGGCGCUAAGGGGAGGAACAGCAUACCGUACGACUGACGCACUACUCACCUCAUCGUGAAUGGCGCUCGAUGCGAAGCCAGCUGUGUGCCAAUGCUUUCGCUGUCCCCACAUCAUCUAACCACGUAACGAUAAAAACAAACCAAACUAAAUCACCCCUCCCAAACAAAAAAAAAAAAAGAAAGGAUGUUGUGUUUGCUUUGUGAAUGUUUUUGUAACCCACAUUGGCUUCGAGUUUCUUCUGUUCAGACAGGCACUCAUAGUUUUAACAAUGAUGUGGUAAUUGUUUGUGAAUAAAUGCUCAAGUUGAGUUUUGCAA